AUGAGGAUGCGAGGAAGUACUUCGCAACUGCCAUUGAAGCAAGAGAGCACGACACCCAAGAAGAACCUCCUGUCGAAGAUCAAAUCGUCGCAGGAGAUGAACCAGGUGUUGAAGAGCAAGGAGGAGACAACAAAGCCUCUGAAAUCGACGACGCUCUUGUCCGGGACGAUCCAGACCAGGCCGCCACUUCAGCAAACGCUGGCACCGAGGCGGCCACUGAAGAACCUGAUGCCGCAAGCCCAGAGUCCAACCCACGCGAGAAGACGCCCAAAAACAGAGACAGCCCAGCAGAAGUCGGACCGCGAAGCCAUCACCGCUAGGUGCAAAGUCUACGGCCACAACAACCUCCAAAUCGGGCAGACCUUCAAGAGCCGCGCUGAGAUUCGCGAGAAGGACGGACACAGCAUGACAUCCACAGGUGUAUGUGCCGGUAAGGACGGUGCAUACGCAGUCGUAGUGGCGGACGCAUACAGCUCUUUCAACCGUGACUUUGGCAAGGAUAUCGACUUUGCAGCUACUGGCGUCAACAGGCUUCGGCUCGGUGUCAAGCUGGACAACACGUUCGUCAAGGCGAUGGAACGGUCGGUCCAUGGAAAACAGCCGGUCAGGGUGUUUCGAGGCGCGAGGAAGACGAAGACUGUCAAGAAUACGUAUCAGACGUACUUGCUUGACCAGAGUCAUGGUGGUUUCCGGUAUGAUGGGUUGUACGACGUGAUUGGCACGGGAUGGACAGGCGAGGAGGGGAAGAAGUAUCAGGUGUUCCACCUGAAGAGGCGUACUGACCAAGCAGCGCUGGACCUGUCGCUGUCAUAG